CGACAUCGAUCAGCCAACACACAGAACACGACACGACAGUCAUCCACAAUGUCCGGCGCACCAGACAACACAAAUCCUGCAAACCCAACUGCAAAAGCUUCGGCCGCAAACGUAUCCGACUCUGACCCGAACGACAAGCCACUUCAGCCACAGAACAAAGCUGCGCAGCUUGAGGAGGACGAUGAAUUCGAGGACUUCCCCGUAGAAGAUUGGGCAAAGGAGGACGAGGUUGGCCAACAGGCUGGCAACACACAUCUCUGGGAGGAGAGCUGGGACGAUGAUGACACGACCGACGACUUUGCAGUGCAAUUGAAGGAGGAGUUGAAGAAGAUGGGGAAAUGAAGAUGCAGGAUGCAUCGGCUUGACCAGAAGCAGUGAUCCUGAUGCGUGCGACCAAGCAGCGAUGGCGAGGCAAACAAACCAGCAGCCCAACGUGGUGGAGUGGUGACCGCACGCCGCCGGGAAACCAGAGAAGCUGCGUUGGGAAA